CCGGCGGGCGCUGAGAUGGGAGGGGGCUGCAGGGUCUGUGCGAGGAACUAGGCCGCAUCAGCCUCAUGCGAGGCCCGUAGGCGUCCUGAGCAGCUCCUGAUGGCAAUGGGAGAUGUGGGGUAGAGGGCUGGUGGUUCGGGCUUGGCUUUUAGCUCUGGGCUGCCGCUGUUUGUCCUGAUGGCAACGCAUCUCUGGUGUGAGGGGCUGAAUGUGGGGCAGGUGGUGCCCUGAGCCUGGGGCUGGGCCGGGGCAGCCUCUAAUAGAGCCCAGGGCAGGGUUAGUGAUAAAGCCCAGUGUUAGUGAUAGGGCCCAGGGCAGCAGGGCGCUCCCUGGAGCCGGGCUGAUUGCACGGGGUGGCUCUGCCGGUUCCUGUUGUUGGAACUGCCCUGGCCCAGGGGCUCUAUGGGAUGGGAUGGGCUGGGAGCCAGAACGCAGCCGUGCUGCUGCCAUCUGCCGCCUGGCAGAGAUGGGGGCUGCACCAGGGAGGAUCCAUAUGGAGGGGCUGUUUGGGUUGGAUCACUCACGGCACCCCUUCGCUUUCCCCACACCGUCAUUCUCCUCCCAUUCCCCGUGGCCUGGGAUCGCUCCGAACCUGCUCUGGUUUAGGGCCAGGCUGCAUUGCGCUCCGCCCCAGCAGCAGCACGCAGCGGACGCCGGGAGGGGGCUGUUCCCGAUGUGCUGAGCUGAUCCAUGCCGUGCAGAGCUGCUGUCCCGUGUGUCCCAACCCCGAGGGCCGUUGUCCCGAUGCGUCCCAGCGUGGUGUCAGCGUGGUUCGGAGCCGUGCUGGUGCUGCUGUGCACGAUGCCGGGUCCUGGUUGGGCUGAAUCACAGCCUUUUCCUUUCCGAGACCCAACGCUGCCCUGGCACCGCCGCCUGGAGGAUCUGCUGGGCCGGCUGACCCCCGCCGAGAUGGUGCUGCAGAUGGCGAGAGGGGGAGCCCUGGGGAACGGCCCCGCUCCCCCCAUCCCACGGCUGGGCAUCGGGCCCUACAACUGGAACACCGAGUGCCUGCGGGGCGAUGCGGAGGCGCCCGGGUGGGCCACAGCUUUCCCCCAAGCUCUGGGGUUGGCCGCUGCCUUCAGCCCUGAGCUCGUGUACCGAGUGGCCAACGCCACGGCCACCGAAGUGCGUGCCAAGCACAACUCCUUCAUUGCUGCCGGCCGCUACGAUGACCAUACGGGGCUCAGCUGCUUCAGUCCUGUGCUCAACAUCAUGAGGCACCCGCUGUGGGGCAGGAACCAGGAGACAUAUGGGGAGGACCCAUACCUGACAGCAGAGCUGGCCAGGAGCUUCGUGCUGGGGCUGCAGGGUCAGCACCCCCGCUACAUCAAGGCUAGUGCUGGCUGCAAGCACUUCAGUGUUCACGGUGGCCCUGAGAACAUCCCUGUCUCCAGGCUCAGCUUUGAUGCCAAGGUGCUGGAGCGGGACUGGCGCACCACCUUCCUGCCCCAGUUCCAGGCGUGUGUGCGUGCUGGGUCCUACAGCUUCAUGUGCAGCUACAACAGGAUCAAUGGUGUCCCUGCCUGUGCCAACAAGAAGCUGCUGAUAGACAUCCUGCGGGACGAGUGGGGCUUCGAGGGCUACGUGGUGAGCGAUGAAGGGGCUGUGGAGCUCAUCCUGCUGGGGCACCGUUACACACACACCUUCCUGGAGACGGCCAUUGCAUCGGUGAAUGCCGGCCUCAACCUGGAGCUGUCCUACGGCAUGAAGAAGAACGUCUUCAUGCACAUCCCUGAGGCCUUGGCCAUGGGCAACAUCACUCUGGAGACGCUGCGUGACCGUGUGAGGCCCCUCUUCUACACACGGCUGCGGCUGGGGGAGUUCGACCCCCCGGCCAUGAACCCCUACAGCAGCCUGGAGCUGAGCGUGGUGCAGAGCCCUGAGCACCGCAGCCUCGCUCUGGAGGCAGCCAUCAAGAGCUUCGUGCUGCUGAAGAACCAGCGGGACACGCUGCCGCUCCGUGAGCUGCACGGCAAGCGCCUGGCGGUGGUGGGUCCCUUUGCAGACAACCCCCGUGUGCUGUUUGGGGACUACGCACCGGUGCCAGAGCCACAGUAUAUCUACACACCACGGAGGGGGCUGCAAACACUGCCAGCCAAUGUCAGCUUUGCCGCUGGCUGCCAGGAGCCACAGUGCAGGGUAUACACACGGGAUGAGGUGGAGGAUGCGGUGCGGGGAGCUGAUGUGGUGCUGGUUUGCCUGGGGACGGGGAUAGAUGUGGAGACGGAGGGGAGGGACCGCAAGGACCUGUCCCUGCCUGGACACCAGCUGCAGCUGCUGCAGGAUGCUGUGCGUGCAGCUGCUGGGCACCCCGUCAUCCUGCUGCUGUUCAACGCGGGGCCUCUGGAUGUGAGCUGGGCGCAGGCACAUGAUGGUGUGGGGGCCAUCCUGGCUUGCUUCUUCCCUGCCCAGGCCACUGGCCUGGCCAUCGCCAGCGUCCUGCUGGGUGAGCAGGGGGCCAGCCCUGCAGGCAGGCUGCCAGCCACGUGGCCUGCAGGCAUGCACCAGGUGCCCUCAAUGGAGAACUACACCAUGGAAGGUCGGACGUACCGCUACUAUGGGCAGGAGGCCCCUCUCUACCCCUUUGGGUACGGGCUGUCCUACACCACCUUCCACUACCAGGACCUGGUGCUGAGCCCCCCAGUGCUGCCCAUCUGCGCCAACCUCACCGUGUCGGUGGUGCUGGAGAACACGGGGCCGCGUGACAGCGAGGAGGUGGUGCAGCUGUACCUGCGUUGGGAGCAGCCAUCUGUGCCGGUGCCACGCUGGCAGCUGGUGGCUUUCCGCCGCGUGGCCGUACAGGCUGGUGGUGCCACCAAACUGUCCUUUGUGGUGCUGGCUGCCCAGCGUGCCGUCUGGAUGCAGCAAUGGCAGCUGGAGCCCGGAGCCUUCACACUCUUUGCUGGCGGGCAGCAGCCAGAGCAGAAGAUACGGGUGCCCUCAGAGGUGUUGAGCGCAAAGUUCAGUGUCACUGGGGCUGCCCGGGCGCUGCACAGCUGCUAGAGGUGGGGAUGGGGCCUGGGGUGUGGGGAGCUGGAGGGAAGGAUGAGGUGCAGUGGCUGUGCAGGACAUGGGGAGCACAGUAUAAAUGGAAUAAAGCACCCUCUGCUCUCCAG